CGAUCAAACAAACUGGGUAGUGCUGAAAUGACUUUCGUCAAUUGGUCUUGACUACAAGUCAGAGCAUACAAGAAUAAACGAUGCCAAAACUCUCCAUAUUUGCGAUCGUCCUUUUGGCAUUUUCAUCAGUUGAAGCUGAAAUUAAAUACAAAUACACCUGCGAGGGAGACGACAUCUCGAGGUGGAUAGAAUGCAGUAAUAUCGAGUAUGGUAUUCAAAUCGAGUCGGCAAAGUACGGAAGAGCAACUAAAGACAUAUGUGCCAAAGGGCGGAGUAAGAACGACACUCUCCGAAAUUGCCCAAUGGAGAACGUUUACUAUCCCAUAGCAAGUAUAUGUGACGGAAAGACUAAAUGUGAUUCUUUCAUCGUUAGCGAUAAAAACUUUGCAACAACAUCAUGUGAGGAUGUGUUCAAAUAUGUGACACUCCGCUACGAAUGCUUUCCUUUUUGUGACAGUGCAACCAAUGACACGAACUGAAGUACAGCGACUCAUCUACGAUGAUCAUUCUGAAAAGACGGAAAGAAUUUUACAAAACCAGACAAAAACGAGUCAGUCUGUUCAAUUUGAAGUAAAGCACAACGUUGCCACAUCGCUACAUCGCACUGGAUAUUACAUUUUACUGGUUUUGGCUAUAUAUUUCACUUUGUAAAUGUCCCUAGACUAUAAUCUUAAUAGUUAUAUACAUGGAGCUUAGUGAGUUGUUUGCCUAAUUUCAAAGAGAAAAAUUGUUUAAAUGCUUUUCCUUAUACAGUUUAAUAAUUUAUAAUCUAGUACAGAUCAAAUGCACACGAAUUAGCUACAAAACCGGAGUUACAGUUUCGCUCGCGAAAAGACUUGCCUCCGAUACAGAGACCAUUUCACAGUCCUUGUUCUAAGAAAAUUUUCCGAAUUAAUCAUGCACUAUAGAAAAUAUGCUUUCCGGAAAUGUAAGAUGAUAAUAAAGAUAAACAUCAAAGUCUAAAACAUUUCGAAAACAGUUAUUUGAACAGAAUGAAAGUAUAUGUUUAAAAACAGAGCACGCACGUUUCGUUUCAACACAUCUUCAGAGAAAGUGAAGGCUAAUAUAUGGCAGUAUGGUAUUAUUUACAACAAUCUCAAAUAACUAUGAAAAACCCCUGCAAGAAUGAAGAGGAAAAAAGAGCUACCUACCCGACUGAGAAAGUUUGCGCUCAAAGGAGGCCUUCGUGGAAGGGAGAUUCAUCUGGAGAGUAAAGGAUGAUAAAAAAUCAUAACAGAAAAGAGAAAAACACGUGUUGAAACGAGAAAAAUUCAAUUCUUCAACACAUCUCUUAUUUCCAAUAACUUAACCUUUCUUUGCAUAGAAAUUUAAUGAAAUUGAAGCCCAUAAUCACUUGCUCUGAAGAUUACACGAAACGAAACGACUCUCUCUUAAAUACCUUUUUGUUGUUAAAAGGACUCUAUAAAAACCCUAUGCUCUGCUAUGAUCUUCAUUCGGCGAUAUAGAAAAUAUGGCUACCAACAUUUCCAUCAGCCCGGUUAAUCAAGUAUUCUUUGGAAAAAUUGAUUAAAAAUGUUCAUUUUUUAAUGUAGUUAGUAUUAUUUAUAAUCAAAAAUGUGGGGUGGUAGGUUGAUAUUCAGAAUAAAAUGUAUAAUAGUAUA